AAUUACAACCAACCUCCAGUAAUGGCCUUGGCUGUCCCAGUGGCGGUGAAAUUUCUCCAGCGGGGCAAUAAGGAGCUGUGCAGAAAUAUGUCGAGUUACCUCUCCUUGGCUGCUAUCGCCAAAGCGGAUCUGUUGGCUGAGCACACUGACACCAUCGUCAAAAGUGUCCUUCAAGGGAACGUGCUGCUGCUGCGGGUCCUGCCCGCUCUGUACGAGAGGCGGCCGCAGCCCAUCAACCUCUGCCUGCGGGACCUGGUGGCACUGGCAGCUCAGCUGGACCCAGCCGAACACCACCACCUCCUGCGGCUCCUCCAGACCGUGGCGAGGAAGAAGGAAUUUGGGGUGCUGAAAGAGUGCAUUCCGUUUCUGUUUGGACACUUGAGAGACCCCAACCACAGUGACAUUGUUCUAAACAUCCUCAUAGAAAUAUCCAGCUGUGAACCAACAGCCUUGGCCGCUUUUCUUCCAGCCCUGAAGGAAAUCGGUGAGGCUUUUCCAGGUUUAAUUGGGCAAACGGCAAAGAUCUUUGGAGCUGUUGGUCGUGUUGAUGAGGAGCGAGCCAGAACGUGCCUGAUGUACCUGGUGACCCAGCUGGCCAACAUGGAGCACUCAUUCCACCACAUCCUUCUGCUGGAGAUCAAGAGCCUCACUGAUGCCUUCUCCAGCAUCUUGGGCCCCCAGAGCAGAGACAUCUACCGCAUGAGCAACAGCUUCACUGCCAUAGCCAAGCUCCUUGUCCAGCAGCUGGAGAACGACAGCACGUCCACAGCCAGGAUGGAAAAUGAUGCUGAAACAGAAUCCCCUGUGCCACUGGAUGAUUUAAAAUCUGUGAUGAAUGGGAAUGAAGGAGACGAAAAGCUCCAAGUUAAAAUACAGGCUUUUGAAGAGAAAAUAAAUGUCGACAACAGCACUCCUGGCUCAGUGCGGAGAUACAGUUUAGGCCAGGUUUCUAAAGAAGAAAGGAAGGAUAUGAGAUUUAACAGGUCCAAAAGCCUUGCUUUGAAUGCAGUCCGCAUGAAGGGGGUAAAUUCGGAGAGCGGGCAGGAUGAGGAGAAUGGGGACAUGGCUGCUGGUAUCUCCUUCACCGAGAUCUACGUUAGCCAAGAAAAUGACAAAUUGCCUUUCGGUGUUGAUACUGAAGCAAUGCAACUGGGAAAUUCUUUGGUUUCACACCAAAGUAUCGAUUACACUGAAUCAGCAAAUUUGCCAGAAUCUCCUAAGGAAAAGGCCCUGGAAGGAAGCACGGAGGCAGAGACGAGCCCCACAGAAUACCAGGACAAGCUCUACUUGCACUUGAAGGAAAACCUGGGCAAAGUGAAGGCGUACAUCACGGAGAUGGGGAGGAAAAUCCCUGUCCCCGACCAGUGUGUGAUUGAAGAUACUGUGAGGAGCUGUGUAGCGAAGCUGUUCUUCAGCUGUCCCCUGAAGGGCCAUUACUGCCUGUACAGCAAAUCCAGCUUUACCCUCACCAGCCACCAGCCCCCACUGUGGAUCCACAUCAUGUUCCUCUUCCAGCAGAGCCUGUUCGCAGAACCGCUGUCCAUACAGAGUCAUUCUGUGCAAGUACUAAAGGCCCUGUGGGAGAAGACACAGCUCAAGGGGACGCACAGUUUUGAAACCGCCAUGAUCCAGUCUACGUUUCCACACCAAAAGGACCUGGACCACGUGCAGAUGCACCUGGAAGAAGUGAGGUUCUUCGAUUUAUUCGGCUACAGCGAGGAAGCGGGGACGUGGCAGUGCUUCAUGUGCAAUAACCCUGAAAAGGCAACAGGUGUAAACCAGGAUGGCCAACCUCUGAUUGAAGGCAAGCUGAAGGAGAAGCAAGUCCGGUGGAAGUUCAUCAAAAGGUGGAAAACUCGCUACUUCACCCUGGCUGGCAACCAGCUGCUGUUCCGGAAAGGAAAAUCUAAAGACGACCCCGACGACUGCCCCAUAGAGCUCAGCAAGGUGCAGAGCGUUAAAGUGGUGGCGAAGAAGCGCAGGGACCGCAGCCUGCCCCGGGCCUUCGAGAUCUUCACCGACAGCAAGACCUACGUCUUCAAGGCCAAAGAUGAGAAGAACGCUGAGGAGUGGCUCCAGUGCAUCAACGUCGCUGUGGCGCAGGCGAGAGAGCGGGAGAGCCGAGAGGCCACCACCUACCUGUAG